GUGAAUGUUGCUAUCAAAAUACAUUAUGAUACAUCUAAACCUCCGUAGUACUUUACGCGCUCGAUGCAAUCAGCACCAAUGAAUUCCUCCAGUGUUGCAUGCAGGAACCCCCUGACUCGAAAAUGGCCAGUCGGAGGAAUACCAUUCGCGUUUCCAGGUGUUGUGAAAAGCCCAAGAGAGAAAGACGUGUGAAACCACAUAUUACCACAUUGAGGCUUUGUUUUGGUUUGUUUUGUUUUGUCUUUGCUUUGCGUUGUCCCAUUGUAAGGAGGGUUUGCGUCCAUGAUGGAGUAGUCGCGAUGGUAAUCCCUUUCAUUUCGCGUUGUUCCAUUCGUGUGUAGGGAGGGAGGGGGCUAUUCGUUCGGAAUUGCACCAUGGGAAAUCUCUACUCUCUGCUCUGUUCUGUUCUACUCUGUGCUGCUCUACCUUCAUUCAUUCAUUCUCGUAAACUUACAAUAUAGCCAAUUUUGAACUCACUUCCUAUAACCGUUUAUCCAUUAUUCUCCUUCGUGUUUGCUCCAUUCUCCAUGGGAAACCCUCAUCCCAAGGUGCAUUCAAUUCCAUCGUUCGCAUGAAUACCAACAGCAAGCGGUUUAAUUUGCAACCAGCGACAAAAAGCAGCAUUCACAACAUUCAGUCAUUACGGAAGCCGAAAUGUUCGCGUAGGGUGUCGCCGAUAAGGGAAUAGCGUCACAUCUCCCGCCUCGACUCCAAAAUAUUGUCAACUCCCCAUCUAUCAACAACCACUACCCUCGACGAUCUACAACUGUAGAGAUCAGUCAACAGCGUAUAAUCAUCGAAAAGGAUUUUUUUUCAAGAGCGAAAUUGGCGACUUUGCGAUUAGUCAAGGACGUGUGGACGGCGGCAAAGCGAGCCUACAAUUGAUUGCGGACCCUUCCUAGUACAACAAUAGAUGGGUGGCAGGGAAACGAACCACCGGACCAAAACAUUGAUACCAAACUUAUUGUCACAACGACGCGACGAUCGCAUUGCGCAUAACGACAAUACAAUUCAUCCCUGGGCUUAGAUCGAUCUCGAAAAUUGCAGCAGUUUUGUAUGGGCAUUAGGUCUCAAGUUACAAUAUUUGGAAGACUUCCCAGCAGCUCCCUUGAUCAAUAAUUGCUUGCUUUUUCUUCCAAGGCAAUCACCAUGGGGAUUAACGGCGACCCAGGUUAUAGCUCCUCCAAAUCUCAUGCGAAUCUCAAAAAGACUCAGCAUUCUUUAAAUACCCCGCCAAUAUCCACACCACCCCGCUCAUCGACCCCUCCUACCACAACCAGCAAGAGAAUGACGGAACGGAAACCACAGGGAGAGAACGUUAACUCGUCGAGAAACACAAGCAGGACAUAUCGCUCUAAUGUCGAUGCGGUCGAUUCGAAUGCGCUGAGCAAAGCCCUUAUGAGAGAGUUCGAGGAUUCCGGUAGCAGACAUCGCGAUAUUACACCUGGAGGAAGCCCAAGCAGAAAGCGACAACGAGUAUAUGGCGACAGAUUCAUUCCAAAUCGGGAAGGGCAAGACUUGCAAGCCAGCUUCAGUUUACUGCAUGACGAGGGGUCUCCAGCAACACCUUCGAAACAAAAGAAGCGUACCCCACACGGUGAAUUACACUUUCAAAGAACCGAGGAAGCCAAUAGGACAUUCUCUACCUUGCUCAGGUCCGAGCUCUUUGAUACCACAAUCCCACAACCCACACCUACCAGUUUAUCACCAGAAUCACACACCACAACUAUCAAUGAUCCUACCAGAUCCCAUACUCCACCUCAUAUUUCGCCUGCAGUCUCAUCACUACCUGCAUCACUGACUCCUUCAACUCCACACAAGAAUCUUUUUACGUAUAUGUCACCGCGGCAUCAUACAAACAUCGCUGGUCACCCUACUCCAUCGCGGACACCUCAGAGUCGACAUGGAAUUAAUCUGGAUGUUAGAUCAGAGCUCUACAGCGUCUCUCCUGUACGAUUCAAUAGCCAGCAGAUGCUAAUGAGUCCACGCAAGCAACCUCGAGUCGUGAGCAAGGUGCCAUAUAAGGUAUUAGAUGCUCCUGAUUUAGCCGAUGAUUUCUACCUCAACCUUGUGGAUUGGGGAAGCAGCAAUGUUCUUGGAGUAGGACUCGGAUCUUGUGUGUAUAUGUGGAAUUCACAGACUGGAAGAGUGAACAAGCUUUGCGAGCUAAAUGAUGACACUGUCACAAGCGUCUCAUGGAUUCAACGUGGCUCUCAUAUCGCUAUUGGCACUGGAAAAGGAUUUGUUCAGAUCUGGGAUGCAGAGCGUGUACGACGUUUAAGAACCAUGACAGGUCAUACAGCUCGAGUGGGCUCCCUUGCUUGGAACGAUCAUAUCCUCACGUCUGGUUCCAGAGAUCGUCUCAUUUACCACAGAGAUGUACGAGCCCCAGAUCAAUGGCUGAGGAAACUAGUUGGACACAAGCAAGAAGUUUGCGGUCUGCGUUGGAAUUGCGAUGAUCAACAACUCGCAUCAGGUGGCAACGACAACAAACUUAUGGUUUGGGACAAGCUAUCUGAUACUCCAACUUACAAAUUCAGUGAUCAUACUGCUGCUGUCAAAGCUAUUGCUUGGUCUCCUCAUCAGAGUGGCCUUCUUGCAUCUGGAGGCGGUACAGCAGAUCGUCGUAUCAUAUUCCAUGAUACUAAGCGUGGUAUCAAACUCAAUGAAGUUGAUACUGGCUCUCAAGUAUGUAAUCUUGCAUGGUCAAAGAACUCGAAUGAAAUCGUGUCUACCCAUGGUUAUUCACAAAACCAAAUUGUAGUGUGGAAAUAUCCAAGCAUGCAACAGGUUGUUAGUCUUACAGGUCACACAUACAGAGUAUUAUACCUGGCAAUGAGUCCUGAUGGCAGAGUUGUGGUAACGGGUGCAGGCGAUGAGACAUUGAGGUUCUGGAAUGUGUUCGGUAGAAAGCCAGGACAAAGAGAUGACUGCGAUGCGGGUGGAGGGAGACUUGCGGAUUGGGGUAUCAUUAGAUAAUCUCCGACGACUCUUUGCUACGUUUACGAUCUUUGAUGGAAAAUUGGGGUACGGAUGGGGGAUACGGUGGCUCGGUGGGAAAAAUCAGCGAAGAGAAUGGUGGGAUGGUAUUCAAAUUUUUUGCAUUGGUGGCGUUCCGGCACAACUGGCGAUAUCUAUCUCAUCUGGCAUGAUGGCUUAGUUGGCAUGGUAUUGCUCGGCAUGCAAUGGCUGGGAUUGGGUUAUUUAACAUGAUAUGGGAGCUGGGAGCGAGCUUUAUGAACAGGUGCCAAGGAGUUGUUAUAUGCCUAUGUGCAUUGCUUACUUUUUGUGAUAUUAUUUUAAUUUUUCCAGGGGAAGUAAGAUGGUGGUAGAUGAUGCCAUAUUUGUUCAUCUCUUAGAGAAGACGACAAAAAAGUAAAUCAACUGGCUGGAAGAUGGCUAGUUUUAGCUAGACGAUAUCAUCGUAUGUAAUAAUAUGAUGAUUAAGGAGAUUCAAUCCUUGCCAAUACUUUGGAACUAUGACUCGAGGAAUAUUAUAUAUAGAUGUAACUCGAGAUCUAUGGCGGGAAGAGGAUCUAUGCACCAUGAUUUCAAAUAAAUAUGUGAGGGAGAUAGAGUAGCAUUAAGUUAACUGAUAGUGGUUGGUAAUAGAGUCAACCACGCUAGAUAUUCAUUCAUUAUAGGGGUUCUUCUGAUGAUAGACGCUAUAAUCUCGCUUCAGAAAAUGUACGCUAAAGAUGAACAUUUUCACAUCAGAUGCAUGUACACAACUUCCUUCAUGAAUGGAAUGAGAUAAACUACUACUC